UAAUCAAGCAAAGUAUUUAAAAUGUUGAUAAAAUAAUUAUUAUUACUAACAUGCCUUUAAGGAAGACUGAAGGUGCUAUGGAUGACUCUCUUAAACAGACGUCCAAGUCGAUAGACAAAAUAACUGCAAUUAGCAAGAUGCUAGAGAAUAAAACAGGAACUACAGAAGAUAGUAAAAUAGAAUGGAGCAACCUUAUAUUUCUACCAUUCCAACCUGUUUUCCAAUUGUUUGUACUUCUUAGCGUCAUCGUAAAGGUUCUACUGGGUCCCAUACAAUCGGUAUACCCGAUUGUGUACUGUGGCGAAGUGAUGGAUCAAACGCCAGUUCUAUUGUUCAUAAAGUAUUGUUACUGGUACUUUUGCGAUGCUUUAUAUGGGAUCGACACUUUUCUUCAUAUUGUGCAUAGACAAGUCACCGACCAAGCAAUGCGACGUGAGCAUUUACCAAAGUCAGCAGGAUUGUUGAUAAUAGAUCUGAUAUCUCUAAUUCCUUUCUUGCGCCUAGUGAUGCCGAAUCCAUGUCCAGUUCCACGCUUAUGGCCAAAUAUACUUGCAUUUAAUGAGUUUCUUGUCAUUUACAGAGUAACAGAAUACUUUUCACUGGUGACUACGCAUUCGUACUUUAACCUUUUGGUCGGCUAUUCCCUCACGUUAUGUAUGACAUUGAAUUGCAUUGCUUGCUUCUGGUUGCUCCUUACUGAGGAAGGCUUUUGUAAGCAUUGUACAGGAGUUGGAAACUACUACGACUGGCGAGCUUAUGUUAUUUAUAAGCUAAACGAAACGGAUGUGGGAUACACUACAUAUGUCUACGCAUACACAUUUGUAUUUUCAUUUACCCAAAAUGCUUUCUUUGAUAACGAAACUAAACCCUCUGCAAUAUUAGAAUUUAUAAUAGUUUGCAUGUUUUUAAUAUGCGCUUAUAUUUUAAAUCAUUUUAUUGUAAUGCCGAAAUUUUUCGCUGAAUCGCUACUUAGACUGCGAAGAGUUUGCACUAAAUAUUCAGUCACUAGAAAGAUUAUAGAAGAGACACACAGGAGAAAUCCGACGACAAAUGCCCAUAAAGAAGUUGAAAAUUUCUAUAAAAUCAUCUGGAGAAAACGUAGUGGUAUUAUUCAUAUGCCUGAGGUGUUCAAAACAGAAAUACCGAGAUAUUUGCGACUCGAAAUUAAACAAGAUUUACUUUGGCCCUUAUAUUACCAUAGUCCAAUUUUGAGAAAAACGUCAUUUCCCCUUCGACGACUGAUAAGUGAAUGCGUUGAAUUAUCUUACAGAAUGCCUGGGGAAAGGUUUUUUGUAGGAGACCAUUCUAAAACCUCUUUGUAUUACCUAAAAUCAGGGAUAGUUCAGCUUAUUUCAGCAGAUGAUGGUAUCACUCCUAUAUUUUCUGUUACAAGUGGCACCAUAUUUGGAGAUAUCAAUUUUUAUGUACCUAACUACGAUAGAAAAGUUGCAUGUCAAUGUCUCACGUAUUGUGAAAUAUAUGUCGUUCAACGAAAAUAUCUUAUACAAGCUCUACACAAGUAUCCCAUUGAUAGACAAACUGUCAUGGAGGCGGUAAGAGACCGAUUAAAUCAUGCAAAGAAAUUGUUCAAUAGUAAGAAGUCUAUAAGAGGAUUGGAUAGAAAUGAAGACGAAGGAAUAGCUUGGAUCAACAGGCGUUGGUGGGAAAUAUAUGAAGUUUUUGAAAAAGUAAUGGAACAAACCGGGUUUUCUAGAGAACAAGUCAGAUGUGAUUUACCACGAGAGGAAUCAAUAUACCACUGCGCGAAAUAUUUAGGUCAACUGGUGCUUUGCACUCCAACUGAACUCCAGACUAAAUCUAUGUUCACUAAUGUCUCGUUCCCAUGGAUUAUGAAUCCGGUAUCUAAAUUUGGUUUUGUCUGGCACCGAAUUGUUUUCAUAACUGUAAUGAUGGUGCUGUGUGUCUUUCCACCAAAUCUGGUAAAACGUGAAAUUCCCUCGUGGUUUACGUUUUUUACAUUAUAUACUGAUACUAUAUAUGGUAUAGAUAUUGCAGUAUCCUUAUUUACGGCAGUUAAAACAGAGGAUUCUGUUACAAGUACUUUCUCUACAGUUUUGUUUGAACGAUUCAAGAGUUUCACUUUCAUGUUGGAUAUUUUGUCAUCAAUUUGGUUGGAAGAUUUAGCUUAUAUCGUUGGAGCACCACAAUAUUACUACACUUUUCAAUUUAACAGACUAAUUAAAAUAUAUGUGCUUUUUUAUGGUAUUUAUUUAAAGUGGGAUAUUAGAAGAAAUCCUUUGGUGGACGUUUGUCGGAAACUGCUGUUAAUUAAUUUUACGUUUAUAGUGCUGACAAGUCACAUUAUGUUCGAGCUGACUAAUUACAUGCCCCAGUUAACAGUAACAUAUUUCUUUGGAGAAGUUUUGUGUUCCAGAACCGUUAAGGUCGAUUGUGUAGAAAUGAAUCCAGUAACUGGGGUCUUAAUCAAUUGGGCUUUUGAAUGGACAUUUUGUGAAUAUGUGGCGAUGAACUUAUGGGACACAUAUGUUGGGAUAGUGAUCUCAUUCCUUUCUUACCUUAUAUUCGUGUAUUGUAGAAGUACACUUGUGUCGUAUAUGUAUUUGGAAAGUAGGGUAUUGUCAAGUUACCGAAGAUUUGUUUCAAAUCUUAAGAAAUAUUACCAGCAUUAUAGUAUUCACGUUGAUUUACUCAGGAGGCUUGAUAGAUAUUUCAUAUGCCAUUGGAAGUAUUACCAGGGUCAUGACGUAAUUUCAUCGAAUUCUAUGAUAGAAGAACCAAUUGAGAUAUAUUGGAAAGCGCAAGGUGAAGUGGCACAGCGAAUAAUAUCGAAAUCAAUAACGUUUACUCAUGCUGAUCCCAGCUUAAUCAAGGAAUUAGCUUGCAUGGCAAGAUUUUUAGUUCUACCUAAAAAUGCCAUAAUAUUUAUGUUUGGGAACCAAGUUAAAAAUGUUACUUGGAUUGUGCAGGGAUUCGUUAAAGUGGAGUCUCAUGAUGAAAAAGGUGAAAUAGUUGAAACUUACUAUGGACCCGGCACUUUAUUAUCAAUAGCUGCUGUUUACUUCGGGAAAGAAUCAGUUAGAUCAUACACUGCGUAUACUGAUUGUGAGACUAUAUACAUACCAAUAAAUAUAUUUUAUGAUAUCUACAAAAAAUAUACAUUGGAAUAUGAAUAUUUGCAAAAUUGUGUUAAAGAAUUCACACCUAUGGUUGACGAAAUGUUUAGAAAUUAUUUGUUACAUCGGAGAGAUUAUCAACAAAAACUGCGAGACAGAAUUAACAGUACAAGAAUGUCAAUGACAUCGACAGCAAAAGUGAUUCCUGAAUUACAACAAAAUCGAUCGUUGCCAUUUGAAGGUGAUUUCUGGGGAGAUCCGGAAUCUGCAUUUAUGCAAACCUGGUUGAUGUUUCGAACAGUUGUCGUAUAUGUCUCUAUCUCGUCUGCUGCUGUGUUGGGUGGCAUUGGAGCUGUAUCACGAUGGGUGUUUACUAUGAUCAGCGCGUUCUGUGACUGCAUUGCCUGGAUCGAUAUUAUCUUAAAGUUAUUCCUCGCAUAUCACGAUGAUCGUGGCAUAAUAAUAACCAACACUAAAAAAUGCUUCGUAAAUUAUAUAACUAAAGCAUUUAUAUUGGACCUUAUCGGUGUUAUACCCGUGUAUGAAGUUCUUAAGGCUUUGCUAUCAGCUGAAAUCGAUGAUGAUACAAGUUUUCUAAUAAAUACAGUGUGCAAAUUCGCGCAUAUCUAUAUUUUGUUUGCGUAUUUCCAAUAUAUUAGUGAUCUCCCGACGGUGAACGGCACUUUGAUUAAUAUAGUAAAAUGGCAAUUAGUAAACAGUCUUCUAGUACUGGGUGCAAGUCAUUAUUUCAUGGUUGUCUGUGUAAAAUUUGAGUUCAAUGAAAGAAAUAUGGAUUUGCUUUCUGUUACUCUCCGGGAUACUUGCUGGAUGCCCGAUGUGAUGACGAUGCCUUUUAAUUUGAGUUGGAAUGAUUUACAUUUGAUAUUCGCUGAAAGUCUAAGUCUCGCUGAAAACGGUAUGAUGGGAUUAAAUUAUGGAAGAUUUCUAGUUGACAGCAGAAAUUUGGGAGUGGGGCUCUGUUUAUUUGUCAUCGGAUUUAUAUUUUGGUGCAUAUCGUGUCAUGCUUUGACCCUGUUAGUAUUGGACGCUCGUGGAGAUUUUUUGUUUCAACAUGCUGUAAACCAACUCGACAGGUUUCUCACUUCCGAGAGAGUUGAGGAUUCAAUUAUACAGAAAGCGAUGCAACAUUUUAGAUAUUGUUGGGUCAGAACAAAAGGCAUCCAAUUGAAUCAACUGACAAAUGAAGGGAUUGGUGUAGUGUUUCGACAGGAUCUGAACUACUUCUUUUAUAAAAAGACAUUCAGUAUUCUGGAUACUAUAAUCAAAGGCGGUGAAGCCAUGCAAAGGCAGUUAGCCAGCGUCAGUACACAGGCGUUCUUCCUAGGAGGACACGACAUUAUCAGGGAAAACGAUCUCGUGACUUACUUGUGCGUUGUGCAUCGCGGGAAAGUCGUGCUGACGAAAAAGAAUAGGAAGUUGAUUGUUUUGACCAAGGGCGAUAUAUUUGGUCAGUUACUAGGCACAAGGAAGCGGCCUAUACGUGUGACCGCAACAGCUGAAGACAAAGUCGACGUUCUAUAUAUUGAGAUAAAUGCGUUUCAAAGCAUUAUUACUGAGGAGGUACGCCGAACAAUUAUGCGUAAUCCGCAACAUAAGAACGAUUUUCUGGCAACAAAGUACGUGACUCUUGAGAAUCCAUACGACACAGUUAAAUACCUUUUACGUGGACGGAAGAUGAUCAAGCUACCGUGGAAUGAUUUCCCGGUGGAAGGUUACCAUGGUACAUGGUACUCAAAUUUCUUGCACCUCACAUGGUUUGUCGGCCCCUUCAUCACCACAGUUUGUGUCAAUUCGUUCGUCGUCCUACCGACUGGACACAACUUGUGGUACCGAGUCUAUAUCGUACUCUUUAUAUGUGAUGUGAUUCAUCUGGCGAACUUUAUUGCGGAUUUUUAUUCGAUCCAACUAGUUGUAGUACAAAACAAAUGCCAACAUCAAAGAGUGGGCUGGAAGAAACUAAAAGAUUGGUCAUUGUACCUGGAUAUCCUAAGUUUUCUGAUUCCACUAGGUACAAUCUUUCACAAUGAUUGGAGAUACCAGUACGCGAGGAUGUUGCGCUUGAAGUAUUUCUUUGACUACGAUUUUCACUUCUGUAGGGGUUUCAAGAGAAGUAUGGCACCAAUACUUUUGAAAAUAGCAAUAUUUCUAUUGGUUAUCCACUGUUUCACUUGUGGUUGGGUGUAUAUCGCAUGCAGAAGGAAGGGUAAAUUCCCAAUUCAUAUCAGGGAUAUGCGCGAUAUGGUCAACACAAUUGAUUUCAGUCAAUGGACACAUCCUGAUGAUAGAGGCGAAGGUUGUGCGCGUGCCACAAGAGAUAUUCGGGAUGAGGAAGACCCUGCAGUAUUUAUUCCUACCUUCGUAGUCCCCAAGUACUGGCCCUAUGAUUACAUCGUAGCUUUGACGUACAUUCUGCUUAUACACACACAUACCAAUAUUGAUACGAUAAUGCCUCUAUCAAUAAAUGAAGUAUACUACAAAGUAUUCACUACAUUUGUUCUACAACUAUUGGACAUCUACAUAAUGGCACUGGCUAUAAACGCAGCAUAUACAAAGUAUCGAGAACUGUAUCAAUAUAAUUUCUCUAUAAAAAAUAUGCUUAUUUAUUUGACUGACUCGGGACUUAGCAGGUCUUUGUCGGAUAAUGUAUGGGCUUAUACUGUGCAGUUGUGGAAAAGGCAGAAAGGUGACAAACUACCAGACCUAGCUUACCAAUGCCCCCCAUGUUUACGCCAAGACCUGUUUACUGCGCUUUACCUACAUCACCUUGAUGCACCUCCAACAUUUCGCAUGUUGCCUGACUAUUUCAAACGGCAACUAGCUGCGAGGUUGCAAAGGACUGUCAUAUUUCCUGGGAAAUGUAUUGUAAGAGAAGGAGAUACCUUCAACAUUACUUACUUUAUCCACGAGGGAGAAGUUGAAAAGUGGUACAUCGACAAAGCCGGUGAAAACAAGCUAAUGUCAGUGCUGUAUACAAAUGGAUAUUUUGGAUGUAUGUCGGGUUUAUUCGUCAAUGUAGGAUUCCACUUCACUUACUAUUCUCGAACGGUGGUGGAUUUAGUCUAUUUAGACCUGGACAAAUGGACCGAUUUGUUGACUUCCUACCCAGAUAUAAAAGCUAAGCUUUAUGAAGCUACUAGAAAUAUGAAGAAAGAUCAUACCAAGAAAAAAUAAAAUGUUUAGUU